AUGUUGUUCGAGAUUCUUCUGGCGGCAAUUUCAAUUUCGCCGAUUUCGGCAUGCACUUGUCCCGAAAAUUUGUCUAUUCUCAACUGCAAUACAAUCAACCCUGGAAAUACAACCGUCAAAUUUGAGAAGCCGAUGACCGACGGUGAUGAGUUAAUUUUGACAGGAAAAUUCUUCGAGCAAAAUCAAUUUUCGAAGGCCAGAGCUAUAUUCGACUUGAGUGCUAUCAACGGCGCAACUAUAUUACAUUUUCGCCAGGAUUUCCAAACUCGUGGUCAAAGGGAGAAGAUCCUUAUGAAUAGUCGGAUUGGCGGCCGAUGGGGCGAAGUGCAGCUCAGUGCGACUCCAUACAAGCCAGGGCAAGACGUUGUAAUUCAUGUGAAGAAAACUGACGACAUCUAUGAGAUAACCCUCACCGACGGCGUCGUGCUGACUUUCCCGCAUCGAUUGGCCGCUUCGGAAAAUCCCGUUUAUUUUUCUUAUCAAGGAGACUGGACAGUUUCGUCGAUUCAGAUGAAUUGUUGCUCCGAUGAAGACUCAGAAUAA